CUAACCUCAUUCAGUCAUUCUCCUCAAAAAAUAUAUUCUAGCUAGCUCCACGAUUCAUCCCCUUUCCUUCAAACGCUUAGAGAGAAUGUCCUCCCCCCUCGGUCUUAAGGACUUGCGUCGGGUUUUUGACAACCUUGAUAAGAAUGGCGACGGGCUCUUGAGUACUGAGGAGCUGAACUGGCUCCUCAACAUGAUCGGCCACAUACACAGCCUCGAAGAGCUUGAGUCUUCCAUCGGGAAAUCGAGUGUCGACUUUCACGAGUUCUUGAUCUUCUACAACUCCAUCUCGGACAAAAGCAACGGGAGCAUCGCCAUUGGAGAGGAGGCUGACUCCAGGGAAAACAUCGAACUGGAGACCGAUCAAGAGGAUGACCUUUUCCAGGCUUUCAAAGUGUUCGAUCUCAAUGGUGACGGAUUCAUUUCUACCGAGGAGCUCCAGAGUGUGCUCUCGAGGUUGGGAAUGUGGGACGAGAGGAGCGGCAGAGACUGCGGGAGAAUGAUCAAUGCAUACGAUACCAAUAGGGACGGGCUGCUCGAUUUUCUGGAGUUUAAGCAUAUGAUGUUGUUUACAGUUUCUUGAUUCAUAAUGAUAUACACUUAAUUGAUAUUAUUCCCUCUU